CACUAUAUUUUGAUAAUUCGAUUCCAAUUUUAAUUCUUGAUCUACGCACCGGCAAAGUGUUUUUGCCGUCAUAAAUUGUUAAAAAAUACCCGAGCUAAGAAAAUGCUAGAGAAACAGCUGGAGCAAGAAAUCGCUGAGUUACGAGCUGUUCUGAAACGGAAAGAAGCCGAUCUAGCGAAUUUACGAGAAGGAAAUCAAAUAUUACAACAGUAUGGUUUAAAUAACGAAGAGAUUGCGAGAUACAGUAGACAGAUCUUAUUACCAGAAAUUGGCGUGGAAGGUCAGCUAAAAAUAAAGAAUUCGUCAGUACUUAUUGUAGGAGUCGGUGGCCUUGGUUGUCCAGCGGCACUAUAUUUGACAGGUGCUGGUGUUGGCCACAUCGGUCUCAUUGACUAUGACGAUGUUGAAGUAAAUAAUUUGCAUAGACAAUUAUUGUAUAUUAAUGAAAAUAUUGGUAUGUCCAAAGUCAUAUCAGCAGCUGAAAAUUUAAGAAAACUAAAUAACAAUGUAAAAAUUACUCCUCAUAAGAUCCUAUUAGAUAGCACGAAUGCUAUAAAAAUAGUCGAAACAUAUGAUAUUGUAUUGGAUGCCACUGAUAACGUACCUACACGAUAUCUUCUAAAUGAUGUUUGUGUAUUGACUGGAAAACCAUUAAUAUCAGGUUCUGCAUUAAAAUUUGAGGGGCAAUUAUCAGUUUAUAAUUAUAACGGCCCCUGUUACAGAUGCAUCUUUUCAAAACCUCCACCACCUGAAACUGUAACCAACUGUGGAGAUGGUGGGGUUUUAGGAGCAGCUGUUGGUACAAUAGGUGUUCUCCAAGCACUGGAAGCUUUAAAAAUUAUUUUGAACGUGCCCAGAGUUUAUUCCGGUUAUCUUCUAUUAUUUGAUGGUUUAGAGACAACAUUUAGAAGUGUCAAGCUACGUCCAAAAAAUCCUAGUUGUGAAAUAUGUGGUAAUAAACCAACAUUAUGUACGUUAAUAGAUUAUGAACAAUUUUGUGGUGCAAAGGCAAAUGACAAGAAUCCUAAUUUGAGCAUAUUAGAAAGAAAUGAAAGAAUUACUGUUAAUGAUUACAAUGAAAUUAUGAAGACGGACACAGAAUCACAUGUGCUUAUUGAUGUUCGUUCUGCAGAAGAAUUUCAAAUUUGUCAACUUAAGAAUGCUCUUAAUAUCCCAUUUAAUGAUUUAAAUAAGAAGACCAAUUUGGAAAUAAUUAAACAUGAAAUAAAUAAGAUACAAGAGAACAUUCAGCAAGUUAAUGUGUAUGUCUUAUGUCGCCGUGGAAAUGAUUCUCAAAAAGCUGUCAAGGUUUUAAAAAAUUAUUUCAAAAGUGAUACAUUGCGAAUAAGAGAUAUUAUUGGAGGAAUACACGCGUGGAGUGCAAUGGUCGAUUCUACUUUUCCUAUUUAUUAAUAAUAUUAUUUAAAGGAUGUAUGGAAUGUAGAAAACUCUAAAAAGAUACCAUCAGUGUUCCGGCGAUAAGUAAUUAAUAUCUGAUAAUAUUUGAUAAUAUCUGUCAAUAUCUGUCAAGAAGACUAUAUGGCAGUUGAUGCAGGCAUGAGUAGGGAGAUUGCUCUCAAGUUGAAUCGUACAAUUUCGUUCUGUACUGUUCUGUACUGUCCUCGGCGGAGAAUGCGGGUGGCUCGCGCACUUGCCACCUAAUACUCUCCAGUGGCCGCCAAACUCAGGGAUUCUCUCAUCGCGGUCCGGGCCGACAGACCGACAGUUGCCCCGAAGAACCCGCCGUGAUAAGACACCAUGAGCAAUUAAGAAAACGGCGAAAAACGUGAGGGACGUAUUAAGAUUAAAAUAUAUGUAGUACGAUUCCAUUUUCAAAGAUUAUUCUCAUGUUGUCGCACAGUGAUAUUUAAAAUUGUCUCUGGUGCUGCGCUCUCACGGAACUUGUAACAUUGAAAAUAUGUAUAAUAGCGCCAUGUUUGAACUAAACACUUGUUAUUGGAGAUUUAAAUUUAUUUCAUUUAAAAACGUUAUCGCUUUAUUUCGCGAUAUUAAAGGAGAACAUGACGAGCCUUAAGACUCGGUUAAUUCGUUAGCGAGAAUCAUUUUUGAACGGGAGGUAUUCUUUUUUAUUGCCGAAAAAUUGAAUCGAAUGCCCUAACAACGCUCAUUAUACGUCCGAAGAGUAUAGUGUGUCCCCGUACCUGUAUACUACUUUCAGAUUUCAAUAUGCGCACAUACAUAAUUAGGCGAUUAGUUUCAGGUAGAGAUUUAUGAUUGAUAGAUGUAAGUAUGACGUACGUCAUACAUACGUAGCAUACAUACAUAUGAAAUCGACUUGAAAAGUUGGGGCAUGAGCUGUUGAUACACGGGUAGAUAUACUGCGUAAUCGUUUC